AUGGGAAAAGGCUCUUUUCGUGUGGAGUGGAAUGAAACUGAAGGCUAUAUUACAAGGGUUUACAGUGGCCUUUCCAAAUGCUUUUCGGGCAUUUUGCAAUUCGAUAUAAGCAGCAAUGGAUUACUGGCUGCUGGAGAUGACCAUUUAAUCAAAGUUUGGAAUGCUGAUAAUGAUCAAAUCUUGACAGUGAUCGAUGCUGGUGGAGACUUAACCGGAAGCCCCUGCAUUCGCUUCAACAAGAAAGGCAGUAUGUUGGCCAUUUCUGCAGAUCACAACAAGAUCAAGAUCUUGGUAAAUGAGUAUCUAACUCUAUGGAUGUGUCUAGAUAUCUAUCAGAAUCUACUCAAAAGGCCAAGCUGAAUGAAUCACCACAUGAAAAGAUUACGGAUAUCCCGGUAGUUGUGGAGCGUGGAGUUCAUGUUGAACCUACCAA